UUUCUAAAAGUCAUGGUUAUCACCUAAUGUAUAAGUGUUAUAAAACUAGCUUGGAUGUCUUUUUCAUGAAUAAAUUCUAGCUAAUAUUUCUUAGCUGAAUUUAGUUUAGGCGUCUGUUUUUGGUGAAUUGAUUAGAGUUUCUAACACUGUCUUUAUGGGUCAAUUUCAAGUGUGAUUCUGAUUUCACUUUAGGGCAUGUGGGAUUUGGAAAGGAGCAGUCAAAAUUAUGAAAUUAUUAAUGCUACUUUGGAUGUUAAAUCUGUUGCACCAAACGUGAGCUGUGUGAUCUGCCUAGAGAUCAGAGCUAUAAUUUGUUUUGUUUUGUUUUACAAUGUGGUUUAAUGAGAGAUUUCAUUUACCUCAGAUGAUAUUUCUUCAUGCUUGAGAGAAAUGGGUAAUGCUAUGUAACUCUGAAGCUUUGAUAAUGUGUGUGUGGUUUUCCUCCCAUAGGCAAUUAUUUCCAGUCAGAGAAGGAAACCAGUGCCUGGCCUUCUCACCAGCUUUCCUCCUGCCAUGAUCAAGUGCUUGUCAGUUGAAGUACAAGCCAAAUUGCGUUCUGGUUUGGCUAUAUGCUCCUUAGGCCAAUGCGUUGAGGAGCUUGCCCUCAACAGUAUUGAUGCGGAAGCGAAAUGUGUGGCUGUCAGGGUGAAUCUGGAAACCUUCCAAGUUCAAGUGAUAGACAAUGGAUUUGGGAUGGGGAGUGAUGAUGUAGACAAGGUGGGAAAUCGUUAUUUCACUAGUAAAUGCAACUCUAUACAGGACUUGGAGAACCCAAGGUUUUAUGGUUUCCGAGGGGAGGCCUUGGCAAGUAUAGCUGACAUGGCCAGUGCUGUGGAAGUUUCGUCCAAGAAAAACAGGACAAUGAAAACUUUUGUGAAACUGUUUCAGAAUGGAAAAGCCCUGAAAGCUUGUGAAGCUGACUUGACUAGACCAAGCGCUGGGACAACAGUAACAGUAUAUAACCUAUUUUAUCAGUUACCUGUGAGAAGGAAGUGCAUGGAUCCUAGACUGGAGUUUGAGAAGGUUAGGCAGAGGAUAGAGGCUCUCUCACUCAUGCACCCUUCCAUUUCUUUCUCUCUGAGAAAUGAUGUUUCUGGUUCCAUGGUUCUCCAACUUCCUAAAACCAAAGACAUAUGUUCCCGAUUUUGUCAAAUUUAUGGACUGGGCAAGUCCCAAAAGUUAAGAGAAAUAAAUUUUAAAUAUAAAGAGUUUGAGCUUAGUGGCUAUAUCAGCUCUGACGCACAUUAUAAUAAGAAUAUGCAGUUUUUGUUUGUGAACAAAAGGCUAGUUUUAAGGACAAAGUUACAUAAACUCAUUGACUUUUUAUUAAGGAAAGAAAGUACUAUAUGCAAACCAAAGAAUGGCUCUGCCAGUAGGCACAUGAAUUCAAGUCCUCGACUUCGGUCUAACCCAGAACUCCAUGGGAUAUAUGUAAUCAAUAUGCAGUGCCAAUUCUGUGAGUAUGAUGUGUGCAUGGAACCAGCAAAAACUCUGAUUGAGUUUCAGAACUGGGAUACUCCUUUGGUUUGCAUUCAGGAAGGAGUAAAAAUGUUUUUAAAGAAAGAAAAAUUAUUUGUGGAAUUGUCAGGUGAGGACAUUAAGGAAUUUAGUGAAGAUAAUGAUUUUAGUUUACUUAGUGCUCCUCUUCAGAAGCAUGUGUCCUCUGAUGAGAAGGGUGACCAGGUCAGUUUCCAGGAAGCAUGUAAUAAUAUUUUGGAUUCCUAUGAAAUGUUUAAUUUGCAGUCAAAAGCUGUGAAAAGAAAAGCUACUAUAGAAAACAUAAAUACACAGAAUUCUAAGGAUUCAGAAGCUAUCAUAAAAAAGACAAAUGAUUCAUUUUUGUACACUUAUGACUCAGAUGGCCCAGGCCAUAGUAAAAAGACAGAGUCAUCUUUACAAAACAAAGAUAGCUCUUGCUCAAAAUCAGGGAUCUUAGAACAAGAAACAGCUGAAGCAUCAGAAUCAGGAGAAAAUGAGAAACAUAAAAAAUCCUGUUUGGAACUUAACUCUUCAGGAAAUCCAUAUGGAACCAGUUCAGAAAUGUUCACAAGCCCUUUUCAGACAUCUUAUCACUUUGAGGAAAAUGGAGAAGAUCUGGAAACACAGAAAGUAAGUACUACUGUUAAUGGCAUGACUGCCAACAUCCUGAAAAAUAAUAGAAUUCAGAAUCAACUAGAGAGAUUUAAAGAUGCUACUGAAAUGGGAUACCAACCUCUGCCUUAUGAGACAACGUCAUUGAGAGUACAUGGUACUCAGAGAGAGGAUGAGAAAAGAAAAAAAGAACCUAGUAAUUGUGGAAAAAGAAACGUUUUUAGUUAUGGACAAGUUAAAUUAUGUUCCACUGGCUUUAUAACUCAUGUGGUACAAAGUGAGCAAACUAAAUUAACUGAAACAGAACAUUUAUUUAAAAAUUGUGUUCGACCUGGUCCUGCAAGUGCCAAAGAAACAUUUGGAAAUAGAACAUGCCAUUCAAUUGAGACUCCAAACAUCAAAGAUUUAACCAGCACUGUAAGUACAGAAUUUGCUCAACUGCCCAACAAAAAAUUAUGCAGAACAAAUAUAAGUUAUGGGCUAGAGAACAAACCCAUAGCAACUUAUAAAAAUUUUGCUAUUUUUCAGGAAGGUAGUAAAAAGUCAGAUACAGGCUGCUUAUUACCUAACACAUCCUCUUCUUUCCCUUGGUGUAAACAUGUUUCAAAUGGUAGUAAGAAAACAGAUAAGUUGAUUGAUUCCUCCAAACCCAUAGCCCUUAAGAAGCUAAGCUUAAGUUCACAACUAGGAUCUUUAGAGAAGUUUAAGAGGCAAUAUGGGAACGUUAAAAAUCCUCUGAAUACAGAAAUGGAAAAUAAUAAUUUUGAAAUCACUACCAAUCUCAGUCCUCAAGUUGAACCUGACAGUCUGCAGAAAGAUAAGAACCACUUAGACAACUCCAAUAUUUGUAAAAUCACUACUAUGAGAUGUAAUGAUUCAAAUAGUAGUUGUCAACCAGUCAGUCACAUUCUUUACUCAGAGAAGUUUCCAUUCUCCAAGGAAGAAGAUUGUUUGGAACAACAGAUGCCUUGCUUAAGAGAAAGUCCUACGACUCUGAAGGAGUUAUCUCAUUUUAACAGAAAACUUUUGGAUGUUGAGAAGUCACCUGAAUCUCUAGCCUCUAAAUUAUCCAGAAUGAAAGGUUCCGAAAGAGAGACUCCAACAGUGGAAAUGAUGAGUCAUUUUAAUGAACUUCUACAAUCAGAUUCCAGUAGGAAAGACAUUGACUUGUGCAGUGGGUUAACCCUAGAUUCUUAUAAGUUAUUUAAAAAUGAACAUAAGAAAACAGAGAGUGGCAUCAUCCCGAUGUUGGACUCUGUCACACAGGAUGAAACAUAUUCUGACAAUACAACAGAGAACUCGGUGAUACCAGAAACUCCUUUGGUAUUACCCUCUAAUAAUUGUAAGUCUUUCAGUAAAGAUUCAGAUGUUCUUAUAGAUUCAGAACAGCAGAGAGGAAGUCCUGACUCUCCCAGUAGAAUGUUAAUGAGUCACAUAGAAGAUUCCACAGUUGACCAAAAGGGAACUUGUUUUCAGAGUGAGGAAUCUAUAGCAAGAACUUGUUCUGAAGAUGAAGAGUCAAACACAUGUUCUUUGGAUUGGCAGCAGCAUUUUGAUGUAGCACUGGGAAGAAUGGUUUAUAUCAACAAAAUAACUGGACUUAGCACAUUCACUGCUCCUACUGAGGAUGUUCAGGCUGCUUGUACUAAAGACCUGACAACUGUGGCUGUGGAUGUCAUGCUUGAGAAUGAUACUGUGUAUGAUGCUGUUGGUAGUGAAUCGCUUCAGUCUUUGUUCUCAGAAUGGGACAAUCCAGUAUUUGCCCGUUAUCCAGAGGUUGCUGUUGAUGUAAGCAGUGGCCAGGCUGAGAGCUUAGCGGUUAAAAUUCACAACAUCUUGUAUCCUUAUCGUUUCACUAAAGAAAUGAUUCAUUCGAUGCAGGUUCUCCAGCAAGUGGAUAACAAGUUUAUUGCCUGUUUAAUGAGCACUAAGACUGAAGAGAAUGGUGAGGCAGAUGGAAACCUGCUAGUUUUGGUGGAUCAGCAUGCUGCCCAUGAGCGUGUCCGUUUGGAGCAGCUUAUUAUUGAUUCUUAUGAGAAGCAACAGCCACAAGGCUCUGGUCGGAAAAAAUUACUGUCUUCCACUGUAAGUCCUCCACUAGAGAUAUCAGUGACAGAGGAACAAAGGAGACUCUUAUGGUGUUACCAAAACAAUCUGGAAGAUCUGGGCCUUGAAAUUACAUUUCCAGACACUAGUGAGUCUCUGGUCCUUGUAGGAAAAGUGCCACUCUGUUUUGUAGAAAGAGAAGCUAAUGAAGUUCGAAGAGGAAGAUCUACUGUGACCAAGAGUAUCGUGGAGGAAUUUAUUCGAGAACAAGUGGAGCUACUCCAGACCACAGGAGGCAUCCAAGGGACUUUGCCACUGACUGUCCAGAAGGUGCUGGCAUCCCAAGCCUGCCAUGGGGCCAUUAAGUUUAAUGAUGGCCUGAGCCUAGAGGAGAGCUGUCGCCUUAUUGAAGCUCUGUCCUGGUGCCAGCUGCCAUUCCAGUGUGCUCAUGGGAGACCUUCUAUGCUGCCGUUAGCUGACAUAGACCACUUGGAGCAGGAAAAACAGAUUAAACCCAAUCUUGCUAAACUUUGCAAAAUGGCCCAGGCCUGGCGUCUGUUUGGAAAAGCAGAAGGUUGUGAUACAAGGCAAAGCCUACAGGCUUCCAUGCCUCCUUGUGAGCCACCAUGAGAACAGAAUUGUUGAUUUAUGAGGAACCAAAGAGAUGCUGUCUGCCUCUGUGCAAAGAGCAUGAGCAGCAGGCACCCACGGUCUUGCCUGAAUCUGCCCAGUGUACCCGAGCAACCAAGCAACAUCACUCUUCCUUGAGCAGAUGCUCCUCUAGCUGAGUAGCCAGAUGGAAUCCAAACCUGGACAGUUCAUUCAUUUGCAUCCAUGGACACAGGAGGUGGCCCUAUGAUAUCUACUUUUUGUAACUUAUUUAGGGAUAAAAUUUAAUGAUUGAUUGUCUGCUU